AUGACAACAUCAUUAGAUAAACAAUUAUUACAAGUUAAAGAAAAGAUACAUUAUGUAGAUGUAUCAAAGAAAAGAGAUUCAUUAUUAUUUGGAGCAGUUGAAGCAGCCAAUAUUGAUUUAGAUUCAGUGUUGGCAAUGGGACAAGAAGGUUUAAGUGAAUUGAUAAAUAUAGAUUCAAGAUUUAAAUGUUUUCAAUUGACAUUGUUUUCCGAUAAUUCAAAAUCAUUCAAUAGAGUCUUGGAGAACAAAGAAGAAAAUAACAAAAUUGAUAUUGAAAUUAAUAAAUUUUUAGAAUUACAAUCAAAUUAUUUCCUUUUAUCUUCCGCUCAUAAAUCAUUAGAAUGGUUAAUUCGUAGAUAUAGAAUUAAUGAAUUCAAUAUAGAUUCAAUCAUCUCCUCAAUUAUACCUUAUCAUGAAUCAAAUAUUUUUGCUAAAUUUUUAUCAAUUUUAAGAUUUGAGUUUAAUAAAAAAUGGCAAUUUUUAACAGGAGUACAAGAAAAUAAAGUUUAUAUACCAAGAGAAUAUUUCAUUGGUGUUGUUGGGUCACAUCCAUUCUUUUUAGAAUUUAUUUACAGUACAAUUGAAAAUUAUGAUAAAAAAGAUGUCAUGUCAAAACCGUUAAUCUCAUUUUUUACCGCUUUUUUAAUUGAACUUUUAUCUGCAAAUACUACAUCAUACAUUAGAGAUACUUUAUCAUGUUUAACAAAAUGUUUAAAGAGUAAAAAUAGUGAUUUACAACUUUCAAGUUAUAUGAUCCUUAGUAUUAUUGCUUCAAAGGUUACACUUUCAAAGGAUGUAAUUGAAUUAUUAUUUAAAACUACAUUGAAACAUUGUACCAACAAUUUUAGUCAAGCUUUCACCUUCUUAAUGGUUUUAUUCCAAAAACAAAAGUUUGAUUCAUUACCAAAUGAAACCUUAAAAACUUUAGUAUCAAUUCCAGCACUUUUUGAAAUUUUAUUAGAUUUCAAUUCACAAGAGAAAUCAUUAGAUAGAGUAUUAUUAAUUUUAUUUAAAUAUUUAUCAAAGAGUUGCAUUGAAUCAGCAGAAAGUUAUACAUUGUUAAGUCAAUUAAUUGAGGAGUUGGUUCCAAUUUCAAAUCAAUACCAUGUUUUAAUCUUUAAUACUUUAACAAAAUCAUAUUUAGCAACUACUAAAAAUUCAAGUAAAGAUGAAGUUGAUGAAUCAGUUAUAAAUAUUUUAAGAUCAUUAAAUUCUGAAGUUGUUCAAGAUGAAUUUAAAAAACUUUCAAAUAAUAAUAAUAAUAAUAAUAAUAAUAAUAAUAAUAAACAAAAACUAAAUGAGAUUAUAAAAUUACAAAAAUCAGUACUUCAACAAAAAACAAUUACAACAUCAUCAUCAAAUACUAUUUUCUUAAAAUUACAAAGUAAUAUACCAUCAGAACGUAAAGAAGGUUUAACAUUAUUUAAAAAGGAGUAUUGUUCAAAAACAGGAAAAGAAAAAGAAGAGACAACAACUAGUACUGAUUUCAAUAGUAUUUCAAAAUCAUUUUCAUCAACAAUUUAUCAACGUUUAAUUGAUUCUGAUGGUUCAAUUGUAAAGGAAGCUUGGAAUUUACCAUCAUUAAAUUUAAUAGUUUCACCAAAAGAAUUAUUAAAAGCAAGUAUUGAAUUCUUUAAAGUUCAAUCAUUCUUAAAUGAUAAGAAAUUAUUAGAUACAGUUUUAUCAACAAUAACAAGUGUAGUUGUCAAUCAAUCUUCAAAUUCUUCUUUAACACCAGAUUUUGUUUCAAUUUUAUUACCACAACUUUUAGAUAUUUCAACCACUACCACUACCACUGCCACUUCAAUAAUAAAGAAAUUAAACAAAGAUAUUCAUCCAAUUUUUAAUAAUAUUACAUCAUCAAAUAUAGAAUCAUUAAUUAAAUCAAUUUCAACAAAUUUAGAUAAAGAAUCAAAUAUUACUUUUAUAAAUCAAAUUUCAAAAUCAACUUUUUCAACUUUUAAAUCUGAUAUUUUCAUAAUAUUAAUUUUAUUAAAUUCAAUAAUAAGUUGUAAUAAUAAUAAUAAUAAUAAGAAAAAUAAUAAUAAUUUAAUUUACCAAAUGUUUAAUAUAAUAGUAGAAAUUUCAAAAUCAUAUUUAUCAAAAGAAGAAUCAAUCAUAACUAAUAUUAAUAAUUUACAAGAAGUUUAUAAAAUAAUUAAUGAAAAUAAUAAUAAUAAUUUUAAUUUAAAACAACAAAUUAGUUUAAUUUGUUCAUUAUUAUCAAUAGCGAUUGAUUCUUUAUUUACAAUUUCACCAGAACAAUUUAUGAAACAACUUCAAAAUUCAUCGUUAUCAUCUUCAUCAAAUACAAUUGAGGAGAAAAUGAUUAAAGAAAUUCAAAAUAUUUGUAAAUUAAUAUUUAAUAGUAAAAUUACAAAUAUUGAUUUAGUAUUAAGAAGUAUUGUAAAGAAAUUCUUUGGUAAUCAAUUAGUAUUCUUUAAAUUUUUAUCACAAUUUUGGGAAGUCAAUGAAAAUAGUGAAAAUCAAGAUAUUACAACCAUUUAUCAAUCACUUUGCCUUAGUGGAAUUUUAGUAAACUCAAAAUCAUUCAAUCGUUACCUUAUAAAUAAUAAUCAAGCAGUAGCUUUAAUUCCAUAUUUAUUAUUAUUAAAAAAUCAAGAUUCCUCAAUUAGAUCAACUUCCCUUGAUUCAAUUCAAGAGAUUUAUAAACAAAUUAAGUCUUCAUCAAUUGAAGCAUCAUCUUCAACAACAACAUCAAAUAGAUUAAAUUUCUAUACAUCAAAUCAACCAACUAUUGAAUUAAAAGUUUUAAUUAAAUUCUUGGCUCAAUUGGUUCAAUAUAAGAAUGAAAUUACAAUGGAUAAAACAUUUUUGGAUAGUUAUUUCUCAAAAGUUUUAUUCAAUUCUCAAAUUAGUUCAAGUUCUAAAGCUUCUUCAAGUAGUGAUGAUGAUGAUGAUGAUGAUGACGAUGUCGAUCAAGAUGUAUCAAAAAUGACUAAACAAGAUAUUGAAUUAAUUGGUAAAUUCUUAAUUUCAAGUUCAUUACUUAUUGAAUCAUUAUCAAGUAGAUUAACAAUGUUACAAUCAUUACAAUCUAUUAAAGAUGAUGUUACAUUUGUUGAAGUUACCAUCAACUAUAUUAGCCAAUUAUUGGAGAAUGUUAAAAAUGCCACUCUUACAUAUGAUGAAUCUUUAAUUUUAGAUAUCCUCUUAAAGAGAUUAGGUCAAACAUCAGUACUUACAAAUCCAAAAACCAAGAAACAAUCAUUAUCAUUAUUCAUUUCAUCUUUAUCAAUUUCAAAUGAAUUAGAUUUGACUAUUGCUGGUGGUGGUAAUGAUAAACCAAUUAAAUAUACACCAUUGGUUGCCUUAAUUGGUUCAAUUAAUAAAUCAUUAUUAUUAACUGUACCAGUUAAAGAACAAAUUGGUAUUGUUGAAACAGUACUUUCUUAUUUCUUCUCUGAGAGUAAUCAAAUUAAACAAUUGGCAAAGAAUACUUUAUUAUCCGUAUUAGUCGAUGCAACUGUUAUUUUACCAAUGUUAUUACCAGAGAAACAACCACAACAACAACAACAAUCUACAACAUCUUUACCAAUUCCAAGAUAUAAUUCAUUAUUUGAAUUGAUUAGAUUAAAUUCAUCAAAAAUUAAUGGUAUUUCAAUUUUAGUAACACCAAUUUUAUCAAUUAUUAAAAAGAUGGAAACUAGUAUUGUUGAAAAUGUUGAAAAGGAUGCAUUGGAAUAUUGUAAACAAUUGGCUAUGGCAUCACUUGGUUCAAUUAUUGAUUGUUCCAGUGUAAAGGAUGUUAAGAGUUUGGAAACUUCAUUUGAUAUUUCAAUUAUAAUUAAAUGUGUUGAAUCAUCAAAUAAUCUUCAAACUUGUAGUAGUGCAUUAAUAUUACUCUCAAACAUGGCUUCUAAAUUCCCACAAAAAUUAUUCAAAUUUAUGGAAUCAAUUAUAAAGAUGAUUAAAUUCGUAUUGACCAAUGGUGAUGAUAAUUUCUCAUUCAUGAUCUUGGAGAGAUUCUUAAUUCAAUUAUUACCAAGUUUGGUCAAACAAGGUAUUUCAUUGGUUCAAAUCUUUAAAUUAUUCUUGGAUUCGUUCUCUUCAAUUCCAAAGAAAUUCCGUUUACAAUUAUUCAAUUGUAUUUGUCAAUCGGUCGCUUAUAAACAGUUACAUAUAUUGUUUAGUUUAAUUCUUACAAAGAAGAUUCAAGAUUUACGUAUUAUCACUAAUAAAUUGAAACAUUUAGAUAAAGAUACCAUAAUGAGCUCUGAUGAACAAAUUAAAGAAGAGAUCGAUUAUGAACAAUUCAAUGAAUUCAUUUCACAAUUCUCUGAUCAAAUUCCAGUAUUGGAAAUGUCAACAAGUUUAGGAAGCCUUUGUCAAUCUAUUAAUUUAAUCUCAAUUGAGUCUGGUAAUUGUGUUGAAGCGCUAUCAGAAGAGGAGGAAGAGAUUUGUUCAUUACUUUCACGUAAUAAUUCAAAGGAUAAUCGUUUACUUCAAGCCAAUACAUUGGAUUUCAUUUGUGAACGUUUAUCAUCAAAACUUUAUUUGGACAGUUUCAGUUUCGAUUUAACUAGUCAACAAAAAGAACUCGUCGAAACUAAAUAUCUCGGAGCAUUUGAAAAUCUUUUAAUCCUUUUGAAAAAGACCACUGAAUAUAGCGAGAAAACAUCAAAUAUCAAACUUAAUGGUAGUGCCAAUAGUAUUAGUAUUGCAAGUGGUAAGGAUAAAUUCAUAAAGAAACUUUUAUCCUCAAUUAAUCUUUGUAUGGAUCGUUAUGGUCAAUUACUUAGUGUCAAAGGUUUCAUUAGUACAAUCACUCAAUUACUUAAUCAUAGUGAUAGUAAUGUACGUCGUCGUUCAUUGGUUAUCUUUAAUGAGAAGAUUACAUUGGUCAAGGAUGAUCUCACUCAAGACCAAGUCAAUCAAUUCCUCUCACUCAUUGAUUCGUUCACUCGUAUCAUCGAUAGUCAAAAUGAAACUGAAACCAAUAAACAAACAUCACUCUUGUCAUUUGAAAUUUUAGCACGUAAUUUCUCGACUACCAAUGCCACCGCUUUCCUCUCACAAAUUCCAAUCAUCAUUAAGUCCAUGGGUCAUAGCAGUCAUCAAGUGGUUUCCUCAUCUUUGAUUUGUAUCGCUACACUUUGUUGUGAACUCCAAGCAAAGACCAUACCAUACAUUCCACAGUUCUUCCCUGUCUUAUUGAAUACCCUCACUGGUAGCUAUAAAACCAACGUUGAAGAAGAGAAUGAAACUCGUACUCUCUUACAAAUUAGUUGUAUCAGUUCAUUGGAGAUGAUGUUGAAUACAAUUUCAAAAUUCCUUUCACCUUAUUUACCACAAUUGUUAAAUGCAUUACUUCAUCCACGUCUCACAAGUAAUAGUAUGUUAUCUGGUAAAUUGUUUGCUCAAGUUAAACGUUUAUUAAAUAUCUUAACAAAGAAUGUAGAAUUCCGUCUCUUAUUACCUGCAAUGUUUUCUGCUUACGAAUUUGCCGUUCAAUCUGAAAAUGAUUUAUCUUUGAUUUGCUUAUUCGAUUUCGUUGGUGAUAUCUCUGCAAAUUUAGGUCCAAAAGAUAUUGCACUCCAUCAUAAGAGUAUCUUUAAAUUCUAUUUACAAUGCUUUGAAUUCCGUAAGAAAUAUAAAAAUCGUGUAAAGAAUGCUGAUAAAGUUGAAGAUCAUAUCAUUAGUUCUUUCAUGACAUUAGUUAUGAAAUUAAAUGAAAACCUUUUCAAACCAUUAUUUAUUAAAGUUUUAGAUUGGGCAUUAAAUAUUCAAAAUGGUCAACAAAAUGGUAAACAUACUGAUGAUGAUGAUGAAGAAAAUGGAAGUGAUGAUGAAGAAAGUGAUGAAGAUAAACCAAAGAAAAAGAAAUUGGUGAAUGGUAAAUCAAAAUCAACGAAAACUCAACCAGAGAUUUCAAAAGAUAAUUUAUUAUUCUUUUAUAAAAUUGUAAAUUCUUUAGCAUCAAACUUAAAAACUAUUUUUGUACCAUACUUUGGAUACUUUUUUGAUGAUUCAAUUCGUCAACUUCAAAAUAUAUAUAGUAAUAUUCCAUUUUCACAACAACCACAACAACAACCACAACAACCAACUGUAAAUGAUAACACCACCAUCACACUUUUAAACAAUAAUAAUAAUAAUAAUAAUAAUAAUAUAAAUAAUAAGAGAAAGAAGAAUCAAAAUAUAACGAAUACAACAACCACUAACAAUAAUAGUAAUAAUAAUUUAAAUAAUAGUAAUAAUAAUAAUAUUGAUCAAGAUGAAUCAAUUUUAUGUUUUGUAAUUUCAGCAUUAGAGAAAUGUUUUAUGUAUGAUACUGAUGGAUUUUUAGAUAAACAAAAGUUUGAACAAAUUUUACCAGCACUUGUUAAUCAAUUAGAUAAUCAAAUGGGUACAGUUGAAAGUUAUAAAUUAAGAGUUUCACGUUACAUCGCCCCAACCAUCACUCAAUUGGCUGUUGUUAUCAAUCAAGAUCUCUUAUGGAAACAUUUGAAUCAUACAGUUUUAAUGAAAACAAGAUCACCUUAUUCAAUCGUUCGUUACUCUUCAAUGGUUGUAGUUCAAUCACUUCACAAGAAGAUGGGUGAACAACUCUUAAUCCUUUUACCAGAAACAAUUCCUUUCAUCUCUGAAUUAUUAGAAGAUUCAGUUCCAGAAGUUGAACAAAUAACUCAAGAUGUCGUUAAAAUUAUUGAAACUCAUCUUGGUGCAGAAGAAUCAAUUUCUUCUUAUUUAUAA